UCACCUUUCACUUUCAAGUUUACUUUGCGCAACGUCCUUGCUUUGCGGUGACGUAGUUUCUAUCCCCGUGUGGGGCUGCCAGGCAAAAUGGCCGGGAAACAUUGCCUGUUGCUGCUGGCGCUCGUCUGGUGUUCCCAUGCCGUCUUUAACCGGCCGUACGAGAUCAAACUCCAAAACAAUGAGUACACGGACGUCUUGGUGGCCAUUCACAAGGAUAUCCCUGAAGAUCCACGGAUCAUAGACAGACUGAAGGAAAUCUUCACCGAGGCGUCCCAACACCUGUACGUCGCCACCAACAACCGCACGUACAUCAAGGAGGUCAAGAUCCUCAUCCCGAACACCUGGUCGAAGACAUCCGAGUACCUCCCGGCAGGGACCGAGACAUUUGAACGGGCUAAUAUCAGAGUGGACGUACCGAACCCUCUGUACGAGGACAAUCCGUAUGUGCAGCAGAAGGGAGGGUGUGGAGAGGCGGGUGACUACAUGCACCUCACCCCAAAAUACGUGGUGGACAAGGAAUAUGGAGAAUACAAUUGGGGCUCUUAUGGCAAAACAAUUGUCCACGAGUGGGCCCACCUCCGCUGGGGUCUAUUUGAUGAGUACGGGUUCGACGAUCCGCUGGGAGGGUCCUACCCACACUUCUAUGUCUCCACCUCCAUGGGGAUACAGCCGGUCCGGUGUUCAGCCUACACCGCCGGGGCGUCCCAACAUGCCGUCACCGGAAACCGCUGCCAGGUGGACCCGGCUACCGGACUUCCGGAGGACGACUGUCGCUUUUAUCCGCAUUUCAGUGAAAACCGCGCGACCGGGUCCUACAUGUUCAUGCAGUUCUUAGCAACUGUGACCAGUUUUUGCCACAGUGACCCGGAAGGAGAUCCACUGUCCUACCACAACCGGGAGGCGCCCAACAAACACAACUCUGUGUGCGGAGGCCAGAGCGCCUGGGACGUCAUGAACAAGCACGAGGACUUCGCCGGCGGUGCCAAUCCCCCUCGAGCAGUCAACUCUACGGACCCCAACUUCAUCCUGCUGCAGAAGAGCGACUUCUUCAGGAUAGUCCUGGUGUUGGACGUGUCGGGAAGCAUGGAUGGGGAGCCGAUCCUCCUGCUGAGUCAGGUUGCGACCAGGUUCAUCCGCAACACAGUGUCAUUCGGUUCCUCGGUGGGUGUGGUCACCUUUUCCAGCACAGCUUCAAUAAGACAUCCGGUAGUGAGUGUCAACUCUGAUGCUGUCCGCAAUGACUUGAUUGCCGCAAUUCCGACAAGCGCAAGGGGUGGCACGUGCAUCGGGUGUGGUCUUCGCAAAGGCAUCGAGGCAUUGGAGGCCACAGGACCGCCGCAAGGAGGCGUCAUUCUCCUUAUUACUGAUGGAGAGGAAACCGAUUCCCCACAUAUCAGUGACGUGAUACCAGAGCUUCUGAGAAAGGAAAUCAUCGUCGACACGGUCGCUAUCAGUCAAAACGCCGACGCCAAACUGGAGAGCCUGGCCGAGGAGACAGGGGGCCUGUCGUUCUUCUCCGGGAAUGGCGACUCCAUAGCCCUGGACAACGCUUUCACUGCAACGUUUGAAGAAACUGGUGAAAGCACAGGAGUCAAUCUCCUAAGCGAAGAGCAGACCAUCAGUGGGCGACAGACCUACGCCAACCACUUGUACGUGGACAAUAGUGUAGGAGAGAACACCACGUUUUCCUUCUCCUGGCUCGACGGACUCCGUCCUACGGUCAGGAUGGUGACGCCGCUGGAUCUUGUCAUCACCGAAGGGCACUCGAUGUAUGACGUCACAUCGGACACCAUCACAAUUGAGAUACCGGCUACCGCAACGCCAGGAAAAUGGACCUACAACAUCACCAACAAUGGCCCCGAUAACCAGGAUAUCACCAUCAUUGCCACCUCAAACCCCGUUAAGGACAAUGAACCCAUCAAGGUGACGGCACAGGUCAGUACUGUGUCCCUGGACUACUCCUCUUCUCAGCUCGCAGCGCAGAAGAUCUACGCUCCGGUACGGAGGGGUUAUCUGCCUGUCAUUGGAGCUGUCGUGAAGGUCCUCAUCACGAAACCCCCCGAUGGUCAGGUGGAGGAGAUAACUCUCCUGGAUAACGGCGCAGGUGCUGACGCAGUGAAGAAUGACGGCAUCUACUCCAGAUAUUUUUUCAACUUCACCGCAGACGGUCGUUAUGGCGUCUCCGUUAUGGCCGACAACACAAAGGGGGAAGCGGAAUACAUCGUCAUCAACCGUGCACGCAGCAACGGUGCACUACCGAUGAACCCAGGCACUGGGUAUAUCAACGGGGGCAACGUUCAUCGAGAACCGUUGGAGCAGUUCCAGAGGAUGACAACAGGUGGCGUCUUUGAAGUUCAGGGGGUCCCAAGUGGGGGUGUCAAUACUGACAUGCUGCCGCCGUCCCGGGUAGAUGACCUCAAGGUAAUGGAAGUUUCCUACGCCAGCUCAAGCGUGAUGCUGAGUUGGACAGCGCUGGGUGACGACUUUGACCAGGGAGGCCCAGCACACUACUUUGAGGUCCGUUACGGUCGCCAUUUUGGUCAACUCGCAGACAACUUUCAUGGCUCAGCCUCAAUCAACCAUUCGCAAGUGCUGCAGGGAAGCCUGACGUCACCACCGGAACCCGGCUCCGCCCAGACCAUCGUCAUCCUCGUGCCAGACCGAGGCGACAACGUCACAUUCGUCUUCGCCGUGCGCAUGUGCGACGAAGCAGACAACUGCGGAGACCCCUCCAACAUCGUGUCGGCAAAUCUCGAGUACAUCCCUGAGCCAGAAAUUUUCACCGAAGCGUCCCGAGACCUGUACGUCGCCACCAACAACCGUACAUUUUUCAAGGAGGUCAAGAUUCUCAUCCCGAACACCUGGACGAAGAAACCCGAGUACCUCCCAGCAGGGACUAAAACCUUUGAACGGGCUAACGUCAGGUAA